AGCGGGAAUGCAUCUCUGUUCACAUUGGUCAGGCUGGAGUUCAGAUUGGCAAUGCAUGCUGGGAACUCUUCUGUCUGGAGCAUGGGAUUCAGCCAGAUGGCACCUUUGGCGAAACCCCCAUUGUCAACAAUGAUGACUCAUUUGCAACAUUCUUCAGAGAGACGGGCACUGGGAAGCACGUACCACGGGCCAUCAUGGUGGAUUUGGAGCAAACAGUUGUUGAUGAAGUGCGAGCUGGGACUUACCGACAACUUUUCCAUCCAGAACAGCUGAUCACCGGCAAAGAGGAUGCAGCUAACAAUUAUGCCCGUGGCCACUACACAAUUGGCAAAGACAGGAUCGAUUUGGCCUUGGAUCGCAUUCGAAAACUGGCAGACACAUGUUCUGGUUUACAAGGAUUCCUGAUUUUCCACAGCUUUGGUGGAGGCACAGGCUCUGGCUUCACCUCCUUGCUGAUGGAACGCCUGUCAGUGGACUAUGGCAAGAAGUCCAAGCUGGAGUUUGCCAUCUAUCCAGCCCCCCAGGUUUCCACUGCCGUGGUAGAGCCCUACAACUCCAUCCUGACCACCCACACCACCCUGGAGCAUUCCGACUGUGCCUUCAUGGUGGACAACGAGGCCAUCUAUGACAUCUGCCGUCGCAACCUGGAUAUUGAGCGCCCCACCUACACCAACCUGAACCGUCUCAUCAGCCAGAUCGUCUCCUCCAUCACCGCUUCCCUGCGCUUCGACGGUGCCCUCAAUGUGGACCUGACCGAGUUCCAGACCAACCUGGUGCCCUACCCUCGCAUCCACUUCCCAUUGGUGACCUAUGCACCCAUCAUCUCCUCUGAGAGGGCCCACCACGAGCCACUCUCUGUGGCAGAAAUCACCAGCUCUUGCUUCGAGCCCAACAACCAGAUGGUGAAAUGUGACCCCCGCCAUGGGAAGUAUAUGGCCUGCUGCAUGCUGUACCGUGGGGAUGUCGUGCCCAAAGAUGUUAAUGUGGCCAUUGCUGCUAUCAAAACCAAGAGGUCAAUCCAAUUUGUCGAUUGGUGCCCAACUGGAUUCAAGGUUGGCAUCAAUUACCAGCCUCCUACGGUCACCCCAGGAGGAGACCUGGCCCAGGUUCAACGUGCUGUCUGCAUGCUCAGCAAUACCACCGCCAUUGCCGAAGCCUGGGGCCGACUGAACCACAAAUUUGACCUGAUGUUCGCCAAGAGGGCCUUUGUGCAUUGGUAUGUCGGCGAAGGCAUGGAAGAAGGGGAGUUUGUAGAGGCUCGAGAAGAUCUGUCUGCGUUGGAGAAGGAUUAUGAGGAAGUGGCAACUGACUCGUUUGAGUCAAUAAUGGAUGGUGACGAAAUUUAAAAUACAGUUUGCUCC